AUGGCCCAAGAAGGCAGCCUGAAGCCCCUCCGGGAAUCAGAACGCGAGGCGAUCCUCCAGGUCCUGUACCGGGACCAGGAGGUUCGAAACAUCGAGGAGGAAAGGAUACGGAAACUGAAGACACACUUGCAGCAUCUCAGAUGGAAAGGCUCAAAGAGCGGGAGCCAGGAGUACAGAGAGAAGUCCUGUGCCCGCUGCCGGCAGCUGAACCGGGGGGCCGUGUGCCAGGGCUGCAGCCACCGCGUGUGCGCCAAGUGCCGAGUGUUCCUUAGGACGACCCGCGCCUGGAAGUGCACCUUGUGCUUUGAGGACAGAAACGUGAAAAUAAAAACUGGAGAAUGGUUCUUUGAGGAACGAGCCAAGAAAUUUCCAACUGAAGGCAAGCAUGAGACAGCUGGAGCAAAGCUCUUGCAAUCUUAUCAGAAGCUGAGCACAAUUUCCGUGGUUCCUUCUCCACCCCCUCUCAGUGAAAGCCAGUGCGGCGGCGGCCCUGGCAGGUUCCAGGAACUUGGUCAGUUUAAAGGAUUUAAUAAGUCUGUGGAAAAUUUGUUUCUGUCUGUUACCACCCACAUGAAAAAACUCUCCAAGUCGCAGAACGACAUGACUUCUGACAAGCAACGCCCAGCUGUGGGUCCCAGGCAGUGUGAGGGCCAGUCGGAGAGGAGAAGCCAGUCCGACACCGCGGUCAACGUCACCACCAGGAAGGUCAGCGCACCAGAUAUUCUGAAUCCUCUUAAUCAAGAGAGUCCCAAAUGCCCUACUAGCCCUGUUUUGAAGCAAGAGGAUAUCUCGUCCAGUCCAGCACCCAACACUUCAUUCUCAGGAGGCUUGAGACACGGAAGUUUAAUUAGCAUUAACAGCACUUGUACAGAGAUGGGCAAUUUUGACAACGCAGAUGUCACUGGAGAGAUAGAACUUGCCAUUCGCUACUGCUUCAGAACUCAUUCUUUAGAAAUAUGCAUCAAGGCCUGUAAGAACCUUGCCUAUGGGGAGGAAAAGAAGAAAAAGUGCAAUCCGUAUGUAAAGACCUAUCUGCUGCCCGACAGAUCCUCCCAGGGAAAACGCAAGACUGGAGUCCAAAAGAACACGGUGGAGCCGACCUUUCAGGAGAUCUUGAAGUACCAGGUGGAGCCUACCCAGCUGGCGACCCGUCAGCUGCGGGUGUCUGUGUGGCACCUGGGCAUGCUCGCCCGGAGGGUGUUUCUUGGAGAAGUGAUCAUCCCUCUGGCCACGUGGGACUUUGAGGACCGCACGACCCAGUCUGCCCGCUGGUAUCGGCUCCAGGCCAAGGCAGAGAAAGACGAAGACCGCGUUCCCACAAAUAACGGAGAAAUUGCAGUCCGGGCCAAACUGGUCCUCCCCACAGGGCCCAGAAAGCUCCAGGAGGCUCAAGAAGGGACGGGAGAUGAGCCAUCACGUAACUGUCAGCUCUGUUUGGUAGUGCUGGGAGCCAAGAAUUUACCUGUGCGCUCAGAUGGUACCUUAAACUCAUUUGUUAAGGGCUGUCUCACUCUGCCAGACCAGCAGAGGUUGAGACUGAAGUCCCCCGUCCUGAAGAAGCAAGCCUGUCCCCAGUGGGAGCACUCCUUCAUUUUCAAAGGGGUCACCCCUUCUCAGCUGAGGCAGUCCACCCUAGAAUUAACCGUUUGGGACCAGGCCACCUUCGGUGUGAACGACCGCUUGCUGGGAGGCGCCAGGCUUGGUUCCAAGGAAGAGCCAGCGGGUGGCGCAGACUCGUGCUCACAAUCAAAGCUCCAGUGGCAGAAAGUGCUCUCCAGCCCCAACCUGUGGACAGACAUGACCCUCGCCCUGCACUGA